UUAUGACGUCACGUCGAGGAGCAGUCUGGCACUCCGACUGACAGACAGACGGAGGACUGACCGCCUGGAGCGGACCGUUCGGGCUCCCACGGUGCAGAAUUGCCCGGGAUGGCGGCGGCGUGUGGGGGUGACAGGGCUCAUGCCAGGAGCCCGUGAGCGCUGAGGGAGCUUGGGCCAGGUGGACGGCAGCCUGCCCGCAGGGCCACACAGGCGUUCGAGAUGGAAGCAGAAGGCUUGGAUUGGCUUUUGGUCCCGCUGCAGCAGCUGGUUUCCUGGGGGGCCGCCGCGGCCAUGGUCUUCGGCGGGGUGGUCCCUUACAUUCCGCAGUAUAGGGACAUCCGGAGGACUCAGAAUGCGGAGGGAUUCUCUACCUAUGUGUGUCUGGUGCUCCUGGUGGCCAAUAUUUUACGGAUACUCUUCUGGUUUGGAAGGCAUUUCGAGUCACCGCUGCUCUGGCAGAGCGUCGUCAUGAUCCUGACCAUGCUGCUGAUGCUGCGGCUGUGCACUGAGGUCCGCGUGGCCAAUGAGCUGAAUGUGAAGCGCCGGUUCUUUGCAGCUGCAGAUAAUAAAGAUGAAGAAAUCAGAGUUGCCCCCAGGCGGUCGUAUCUGGACUUGGACCCUCAUCACUUCUGGCGCUGGAGCAGCUUUGGAGACUACGUGCAGUGUGUCCUGGCCUUCACCGGCGUGGCAGGCUACGUCACAUAUCUGUCCAUCGACUCAGCCCUCUUUGUGGAGACCCUGGGCUUCCUGGCUGUGCUGACCGAGGCCAUGCUGGGCGUCCCGCAGCUCUACCGCAACCACCGCCUCCAGUCCACGGAGGGCAUGAGCAUCAAGAUGGUCCUCAUGUGGACGAGUGGCGACACCUUCAAGACGGCGUACUUCCUGCUGAAUGGGGCGCCCCUACAGUUCUCAGUGUGCGGCCUGCUGCAGGUGCUGGUGGACCUGGCCAUCCUGGGCCAGGCCUACGCAUUCACCCGCCACCCCCUGAAGCCCGCACCCCAUGCCACGCACCCUGCCAGUGCCAAGGCCCUCUGAGGCAGCCAAGGAGGAUGAGGACCUAGGACUGCUGGCCAUGGGCACUGACCCAGCCACCUGUCCCCCACAUGGAUGUUCUGGCCCUGAGAUGGUGUCCUGGCUGUCAGGGUCUUGUCAGGCUCCCUCAGCCAGGACUGGCAUGAGCAGGUUUCACCCUGGGGCAGGGCGAGGUGGGGCAGGGCUGCCUCAUCUUCCUGGUGAUGGAAAAGCAGGUAUUCUCUCUCACCUCCAUUCAAUACCCCCAGCAGGAGCCCAGGGCAUUUCACAACCCGGGAGGAGGGAGUCCUGUGCUCUGAGGGCCAAGGACAUCAGGGAACCUCCAGUCUCAGCCCCCAUGGACUAGACAUGGUUGGUGGGGCUGAGAGGGCCUGCAGCAGGGCCCCGGGAGCCCCAAGACUGGCGAGGGUGGGAAACGGUGCCAGGAGAACCCAGGGUCCUAGCACAUGGAGCCUUUGGUCUCAGCAUGGCCUGGGAGGGGGCGCCCUGGGGCCAGAGGGUGGCCGAGGUGGGGUAACAGCAGGGUUGGCCUCAGGUUCAGAGAGUACAUGAAGUGCUUCAGUGCAGCUGUCCCACUGGUCUUGGCCCCUGGUCAGCCUUCUUCCAGGCAAGGCUAGUGUUGACCCCACCAGGCAGGGCCAGGCCUGUGUCCAGAGCAGCUGGGCCCUGGCCAGGGCAAGCCCUGAGGUGUUGGAAGCAGGGCCAGGAGUUCGCAAGGGUGUGGGCGUGGCAGGGUGCCAAAGCCCCUGUGGGUCCUGGAAAGGCUGAGGGCCUGGGUCCAGGCUGGGCAGAUGCACCGGCCAUCCCCAAGGAGGGAUGCCCUGUGCUGCGGCCCUUCCCCUUGGGGAAUUGUGCAGACAUGGCUUAGGCUUCCGACUCCCAGCACUGGAAAACGCCUGCAGGCCAGGAGGGGACAAUGAGGCAGGCAUCCCUAUGCUGGGUGGGCCAUCCCUGCUUCCAGGAAGCCCCCUCCCCACACCCCCAGCUCUCAGGCCUGAUGGGGACGUCCCUGCUGGCCCCCUUCGUUGCAGCAUCUGGCUGGGGUGGGGUUGCUGGUCUGACGCUGGUCCCUCCUUCAGUUCACAGGAGCAUCUCAGUCUGGCCAUGUGGGCCCUGUGGGCCCUGCAGGCGAGUGUUCUAACUGCUGUCAUGGGUCCCCACAGGCAGCGCCUUCCCAUCCGCUGGGCGGAGGAGUGGCUCUGUGUGGUGUCCACACUCUAUGGCCGGUGCCAAAGCUCUAGCGUCUGCUGUGACCAGUGGAAAACAUGCAAAGCUGUUUCCUCCUCCUGAGUUUUCCUCAAAAACUCCUGAAUGUUUGAGGAUCCUGCUUAGUUCUCUGGGCUGCAAGAUGCUUUGAAAAUAUUUAUUUUUUAAAAAUGAAGGGAGAUGUCUGUAGCCGUAAUCGCCUCCAAAUGAAAACAUCACCAGUUGCAGUGGUGACCUAUGUAUGUGCCACCUGUGGGAGCAGUGGCAGUUCUAUGUGACUUUCAUUCAAUAAACUGCUCACGGAUCCAG